AUGUCGAAGUCAACUCUGUCGCGUCACAUCGACGAAGCCUUCAACGCACCCGUACACCUCGCAACACCACUCCCCAUGAGCCACCCAACGGCUUCAGACCUGAUAUUCUCGGAACAGGCGAACCACAACUUCUCAAAGACUCUCGGCGAGCUGAAACGCUCCACUCUAUCGAUCCAUAACCGGCUUCGAUCAAUUGAGGAAGAUGCCGCAUUCGCAAGAAAGGUACGGGACGCCUACAAAAGACCAUUGAUCGCGAACGAGAGAUGCGGGACUGUAUUAUUGUGGACUCUACGCGUCGAGGGAAGAGUAGGUCGUCUCCUUGCUCUCCAGGACGUCGUCUUAAGCUUUCUAGGAAUGCCCGAUGCGCUCAGUAAGACAAUACCAAUAUGGUGCAGUGUCGUCAAUCGAGUCCUAUUCCCCAGCGAUACCGAGUCACACGACCUAUAUACGCCUCCACAGGUCAUCUCACCAUCCGAACACGCGCAGAUCUUCGCGCGUCUGCCAUCAUUUCAACGAGCUCUCGAAGCUUUAAAUGUGCCUCUCAUAGCAUUGCGCCAGAGCGUUACAAAACCUCUGCGACCCAUGUGGGUGACACCGGAGUCUAACAUCACACCAACCACGUCCAUCUUCGAAGACUUCCACCCUGUUAUAUGCUGUACCGUCUCAAGGCGAGUGCCAGGCGGAGAGGUUAGUGAAGGCGGUUACAUCCAAGGCGCGGGAGACGAUACUGAGAAUUGGGCUUUUGGUUUGACGCCUGUUGUGUUUUGGAAGAAUCGCGACAUUUUGCUAUCAACUCCUGAAGGGGACUUGCCGGAAUUGAUUGAGACUCUGGUCAGUCAAAAAGCUGAAGAAAAGGCGACGGGCAGCGAGAUGCGCCUUGUCAAACCUACUUCAAACCUUUUCGUAUCAUCACUAACCGGAAUUGAUGCCACAAGUGUUGGUACUGAGAUCCUGAUUAUCAAUCUGUUACCUACAGUCACAGAGUCAAGCACAUGGAAUACUUCUCCCACCAGACUUGACAUCGGCAUUGGUCCGCACAAGAUUGGAAGUCGAAAUCUGCGUGCUGCUCUACCCAGCAUCAUAGACUUCUUAAAGUCUUACUUGUCUCGUGUCGAUAUGUCAAAAGCUCGAAUUCUCGUUGCAUGCGAAAAUGGUAAAGACGCUUCCAUAGCCGUUGCGCUCGCGCUUUUGUGCUUGUUCUUUGACGAUCAGGGACGGUUGAUGAGCAAGCAUAGUACCACGCGCAUUGAUAAAGCUUUCAUUCGAAGUCGAUUGGGUUGGAUCUCUACUGCUUUGCCUGAUGGGAAUCCAAAUAGAGCUACGCUUCAGAGUGUUAAUAGCUUUUUGAUGGACCGUCCGAAACAAUUAUAA